AUAAGUCACAUCUGAUGGACAUUUUCUGUGCUUAUAGCAUAGUAAUGAACGUCUGACAGGCGCGACCUUUCAUAAGACAACCCACACUAUUGGCUUUCUGCCCAGAAUAUUGCUGCAACACUAUCUGUGAUUGGUUAUCUCUCUAUCAUGCAUUGCUUCACAAGGGGAAACGGCCCCUUUUUUUAAUAAAUCUACGAUGGCUGGCUGCAGUAUGCCUCACUGUUGGUACUAAGAAGUGCCUUUCCUGACGUCUCUGCUGCUUGGAACCGCUUCUAGAGCAGUCUCUGCUUUUGCCUUGCUUGCUGCCAGCUAGACUGUGACGACAGCACAUCCACCCUCCACCUCUAGCCCAGACACCCCCAUUUCUACUUAUAAUCAAGAGAAAAGCUCUAAGUAUCUGGCAUUGCCCUAGGCUGCUUUAGUUUUAAAAGAAAAGUUUGCUGAAAAAGUAAGAUAUCUUCUGCCAGGAAAUCAAGGAGAAAAAAAAAAAAAUCAUUUUCUCGAUUUUGCUCUAAACUGCUGCAUCUGUCUAUGCCAAACUAAUCAAUACCGAUUGCAUCACCAAACUCCAUUGCAAAUUCAGCUGUGAGGAGAUUCCCUUUCAGACAACUUUGCUGAAAGCAGCUUGGAAAUUCGGUGUCAAAGGGUCUGCCACGUUUUCAUGCUUGCAUUUUGGGCUCCAAAUUGGCACUGGGAAGGGGUUACUGAGAGCAAAAGGCUGAUUCGAGGCCCUACUUUUAAACGUUCAUCUACUUACGAUCCUAGUAUUUCUCUAAAAACCAAAACCUCUUUGAAUUAACAGUUUCAUGCUGUGAAUUUCUAGUGGGAGAUCUUUUCCUUGAUAUUGACAACACAAUUUUCCAUGUACUUUUAAAGCAGGGAGUGGGGGAAAAGUAUUUUGGAGGAGACAUUUUCAUCAUCAUUUUACAGUUUUAUUAGUUCAGUUUUUUCUUUUUUUGGUUGUUACUGUUUUUUUUUGGGGGGGGGUUGGGUUUGUUGGUUUCACUGAAAAUUUUAACUACCUGUAAAAUCUAAACAUGGCUGUUAGUGUCACACCAAUUCGGGACACAAAAUGGCUAACACUGGAAGUAUGUAGAGAGUUCCAAAGGGGGACUUGCUCACGGCCAGACACGGAAUGUAAAUUUGCACAUCCUUCGAAAAGCUGCCAAGUUGAAAAUGGACGAGUAAUCGCCUGCUUUGAUUCAUUGAAAGGUCGUUGCUCCAGGGAGAACUGCAAAUAUCUUCACCCACCCCCCCACUUAAAAACGCAAUUGGAGAUAAAUGGGCGCAAUAACUUGAUUCAGCAGAAGAACAUGGCCAUGUUGGCCCAGCAAAUGCAACUAGCCAACGCCAUGAUGCCCGGUGCCCCAUUACAACCCGUGCCAAUGUUUUCAGUUGCACCAAGCUUAGCCACCAAUGCAUCAGCAGCCUUUAAUCCCUACCUGGGACCUGUUUCCCCAAGCCUGGUUCCAGCAGAGAUCUUGCCGACUGCACCAAUGUUGGUUACAGGGAAUCCUGGGGUCCCUGUACCUGCAGCUGCUGCAGCUGCUGCACAGAAAUUAAUGCGGACAGACAGACUUGAGGUAUGUCGAGAGUACCAGCGUGGCAAUUGCAACAGAGGAGAAAACGAUUGUCGGUUUGCCCAUCCUGCUGACAGCACAAUGAUUGACACCAAUGACAACACAGUCACCGUGUGUAUGGAUUACAUCAAAGGGAGAUGCUCUAGGGAAAAGUGCAAAUACUUUCAUCCUCCCGCACAUCUGCAAGCCAAGAUCAAGGCUGCCCAAUACCAGGUCAACCAGGCUGCUGCAGCACAGGCUGCGGCCACCGCAGCUGCCAUGACUCAGUCGGCUGUCAAAUCACUGAAGCGACCCCUCGAGGCAACCUUUGACCUGGGAAUUCCUCAAGCUGUACUUCCCCCAUUACCAAAGAGGCCUGCUCUUGAAAAAACCAACGGUGCCACCGCAGUCUUUAACACUGGUAUUUUCCAAUACCAACAGGCUCUAGCCAACAUGCAGUUACAACAGCAUACAGCAUUUCUCCCACCAGGCUCAAUAUUGUGCAUGACACCCGCUACAAGUGUUGUUCCCAUGGUGCACGGUGCUACGCCAGCCACUGUGUCCGCAGCAACAACAUCUGCCACAAGUGUUCCCUUCGCUGCAACCGCCACAGCCAACCAGAUACCCAUAAUAUCUGCCGAACAUCUGACUAGCCACAAGUAUGUUACCCAGAUGUAGAAUUUUCAUCACUACACAAUCAUGCUAAAGAGGAAAGGACAGUGUGCUUGGUUAGAGUAAAGGACGAGGUCAUUAGCCAUAGUGUACAUACCGUCAAGCAACACACACAAAAACCCCUCAGCCACAAGACAUCCGCAUAUUGCAUGUUAACCAGAAGACAAGACAACAUGGAAAUCCACUGCACACUGUUGCCUAUACACUUUGUACAUUUAAUUGAUAUUUGUGCUGAGGUGAUAUUCCUGUCUAAAAGAACAACAUUGUCUUUCUUUUCUAGCACAGAGUGAUGCAUUCAAAUAUGCAGACCUAAUUAGUUUCCUAUAUAUUCAUGCCAUCUUGAAAAGACAGACUAUGGUGUAACCAUGAUUCUAUUAUGUAUUGGUACGUCUGUAGACCAAGAUAUAAUUUUUUAAAAAUAAGUUUAUUUCUUUCAAGGUUUACAAAUAACAAAGGUGCACCUUGUAUUUAAAAUUGCCAUUAUAGAUGAGAGCGUGCAUGCACAGUCAUUUUUGUUUAAGAGUAAUAUUUUUAAUGUAGAUUUUAAGAUGUGGUGAGGGAGGGAUCUGACAGAGAUGAAUGUGCCAAGCAAAACCACAACUGUGUAUCUUUUAAAGCACAUCAUGGCUUUAAGUACCAUGUUGUUAAGGAUUCUCAUGAAGUGCCAUAGACUGUACAUCAAAUUAGAGUAUUAUUUCUUCAGUGUUAUUGUUUUCGGAGCCACAUUUUGUUGCUUAUUUGCUAGUACUAAUCAGUCAAAGGGCACCAUUCUUUUUUUUUUCCUUUUUUUUUGGAAACCAAAGCUGUCUCAGAAAUGGCCGAUUUAACUUUACAGUAACAAAAUAGACAGCACAAUACAAACUCUCUCAAUACAGAUAAACUCACACAUACUGGAGAUAUAUAUAAUAGAUAUAUAUAUAAAAUUAUUUUAAUGCAUUGUAGUGUAAUAUUUAUGCAUACUAUACUGUAUAACAUGUUAUUCAAAAGGGAUAUGCCAUUUCUGAGACACGAUAACAAAAAAAAAGUUGGAGGAAAUUAUUUUGCUUCUAUUUAUAGCUCUGUCAAAAGUCAGAAGACUCUAAAUGCUUUGCAAAAAUGGUUUCACAUUUGCUUAAAUGCUUCAUCACAGUCACAUUUAAAAUAGUGACUCUAAACAAAGAAGAAAGCAGCACUCAUCAGAUGCAUGAUAAACCAAAAUAUGAAAAUGGGAAAUGUUUAAUUAACCUAGUCACUGGGUGGGUUAAGUACAUGGGUGAAUUUUAUAUGUGAUUUGUUUUGUUUUGUUUUGUUCAGAUUUACUGCUUAUAGCCUUAGAAAGCCUUUUACAAAAUUAAAAAAAAAAAUAGAUGUGCAUUCAGUUUUUAAGAAUGGAUUCAUCCAAAGGAAUUCCUUUUUUGUGGUUUGGAUGUUGCAGCUAGUAAAGGAUAUUUUUGCUCUGUUCAGCAGUUCUAAAAAUUGCUGAAGUAGGGGCCAGGUCACUGGUAGUUAUAGUAUGGAAUGGGAGAAGUGAAAGUUCAGUUCUAGAACUUUCCAUACUUCCAAGUUUACUGCAAGUUUUUAUGCUUGAGAGAGAUGCUUUCUAAUAUAAGACUGAUGUGUUGAUUUUACUGAUUGUACUGUACAUCUAUUAAAGCCUUAGAUUAUUACAUUACGGGUUGGAACCCAUACCAAUGUAAUUUCAAUCGUGUUAAGAGAGUAAUGGUGACUCCAUAUGUUAUUGUAGUUAGUUACAUUAUAGAAUAUUACUUAUUUUUCUUGUUAAAAUGUAGUUUUUCAUUUCCUACAUUUAUUAGAUUUCAUUUUCUAUUAACAAUUGAAUACCAUUUCAGUUUAUAGACUCUUGUUUUAUUAGAUUUUACCGAUGAAUUUUUCAAAAUAUAAAAAAAAAUUAAAGUAGUUUUUCCUUCAUAACAUACUCAGUUUUGAAU